AUGGCAGUAGACGCGUCUGCAUUUUCCAUCCACGAGGAGCCGGCGAAGGCUCUCUUUGGGGAAUCGCCUACAUUGGAGCUGCUGCAUGAGAAUGAGCAGUAUCCAUUCGCCCACGAGGCGGGAGUGUUUAUCGCAGCCGACGACACCCUGUUCAUCACCAGCAACCAGUACCCAGAUCCCGCAACAGGCCGGAAGAAGAUUCAAAUCUCUCGGGUUAAGCUGAAUAGGUCGGGCGGCAAGACGACGGCGGAGGUGGAGGAGAUCAACCCAGAUGGCGUACCGAUGGCGAACGGCGGCGUGAAUUACCGGGGCGGCGUGCUUUUCUGCGCACAGGGUGGACUCGACGCGUCGGCAGAGCCGGGAGGGCUGGUGCAUAUGGAGCCUCGGCCUCCGUACGCGUCACGUGCGCUGGUUGAAUCCUUCCACGGGCGCCUGUUCAACAGUGUCAACGAUGCUGUGGUGCACAGCGACGGGUCGAUCUGGUUCACGGACCCUAUCUACGGGUACGAGCAGGGGAUUCGGCCGAAGCCUGUGCUGCCGUGCCAGGUAUAUCGCUUCGACCCUAAUGGAGGCGUCGCGGGCAAAGGCAGUGUUAGGGUGUUAGCGGAUGGGUUCGGGCGGCCCAACGGGAUCUGCUUUAGCCCCGACGAGCUGACGGUGUAUGUCACUGAUACUGACUGGAUUCAUGGGGACGGGACGACGGACCUGACCCGGGCGUCUACCAUAUAUGCGUUUGACGUGGCGAACUACUCUGGCCAGCCGUUCCUCACGCACCGGCGCCUCUUCGCCAUGGCUGACACAGGUAUCCCUGAUGGGAUCAAAUGCGACGUCUAUGGCAAUGUUUAUAGCGGAACAGGGGAUGGCAUUAGCGUGUGGUCGGCGGGAGGUGUGUUGUUGGGCAAGAUCUUGGUGGAUGGGGGCGCUGCGAACUUCUGCUUCGGAAGGGAGGGCGAGGUGUUUAUCUUGAACGAACACAAGCUGUGGAGGGCUCAAUUGGCUCCUUCGACUAAGGGCGCAUUGUUACGCAUUUGA